CUCUGUAUAAGAGGCACGCAUAGUUGCUCGAGGCCCCCGUCUGUUCCAGCUAAAAGUUUCGCUGUUCAAAAUCUCUGGAAGCUCACUUGCCUUUCAAUAUUUCUUUGUUUCUGUGCCUGCUGCUCAGUUGGUUUUCCGUCUUCAACUUCGUGGACUGUGUCUGGGAUCUCGCCCCUCCCAACGAAGCGGCCAUUGAACCGUAUGGCGAAAUUCAACUCAGACAACUUGGUUCCACCCCUUCCUCCUGUUCCUCCUAUCCCUCCUAUCCAUCAUCCAUCUGCUCAGCCAAAUGAGGUUCCUCAUAUAGUCCCCAUCAAGACACAAGGUCGAGCGAGCCCGGAAUACUUAAUCAACUGCAUGAACCGGCUCCAUGUGCAAACCGAAAGGGCUUCAAACAAGAACUCUCCUAGAGCAGAAGGCCUAGCUGCCAUGGAUGAUAUCGAUGCAGGCAGCCCUCUCCUAUACUUGGGGUAUACCUUUGUCAAAGCCACCCCCGCUCCUGGGAAGAAGAGCACCUGGGGUCAGAUCGAGAGGGCGAAGAUGCAUCUCAGUCAAUCAGAAUUGAUGAAUUUAGUGGCCAGCCGGAACAAAAGAAUACCAGUGGCUGAGCAAUAUCAUUCGUUGUCUAAGGUGAAGCGUGCCCAUGUCGAUCAGCUGAUUCACGAGCUCAAGUCGGGUGGUCCUCGGUUUGAGUGGACUUGUGUCUAUGUCAAGGAGGACGAGAAACCGUUCAAGGGCAAGAAUCAUCGACGCGGCGAUUACGAGACGGUGUCGUUGGAUGUCAUUAUUUUGAAGAAGGCCGCAACUUUGGUUUACCCCACGGUCUGGGUUAAUGAACCGGUGGAAAGAACUAACCCUACCAGAGAGACCUUUCAGACUCCUACGCCUCAUGGUCUCUUCAGCAAGGAGCCUAAGAUAGGCCAAGCUGUUCCUCUCGUGGACUCCAUUGCUAGGAAGGCGGCGCCUGUUGUCCACCGGGAACCUGCCGUUCAUCAAGGGUCUGCCGUUCAUCAGGCAACGUCAAUAAGCGUACCCGAUGUUCACCAGACAUUGCCCUCCAAGCCCAAUAAUGUUCAAGUCCCACCUCCUCCGCCGCAACACCCAAUUCCGACAGGAGCACAACAACCCACUCCUCAACAGUGGGCAGCUUGGAUGCAACAAGCGAUGCCAGCUAGUGCGCACCAACAGCAUCGUCCUUCAGUUAUGCUGCAUGACCCUACAACACCCAGUGCAGGGCACGGCACCCACACGAAUAUUCCACAGAUGCCGGCCAUGUGGGCUGAUCCACGAGGGGCUUCUGUCGCACAGGGUCCGGUCCAUCGAGGACCCACUCUUCAUUCCCAGUCCAGUCCGUUAGGACAUCCUGAAAUGCAAGAGAUGGGUAAGACCAGACUCCAUACACCCACUUAUCCUACGCCCGAGCAUACCAACAUGAGAAUUCCAGUCACGGAACCGGAGACAGAUUCCGCACUAGAGUCAAGCAGUGUGGACGAUGUAGAGUCCGAAUUUGACUUCGAGGACGAGCUUUCAGUGUCCGAGGACUCUGACGGGGAGUUAGAAACUGAAGAAAGCCGUCAGCCAUGGCGAGGCAGUUUAUACCGUCGCCAUUCCACCUCGAGCGCCAAGCAGACCUAUCGUACGCACUGCCGGAAGCAGCCACCAAAGGGGAUUUUGAAGCCGGGGACUGGUCGCAGUGGUUCCCCUGCUGGCCCGAUUGAUGUGAUCCCUGCCAAGAGCCAUCCCACUGACCCCAGGGUCAUUGUCAACCGAGAAGUUACACGGCUGGCCCGAGAUCGGCCCAAGAUUAUUCAGGCCCCUGUUCCUCCCAAGGCGGUGGACAUGCAGCAAUUGCUGGAUGAGAGAAUGGGCCGCUAUGAGGGAGGACGGAUGCGCAACGACAUUCGAACCCGGAUGUUGGAUGAUCGCGAGGCGCGACUAGAGCAUCGCGAGAGACUAUUAGAUCUCAAGGCGCGGGUGCUGCAGGAGGAAUGGGACAAUGGAGGUUACCUGCCCCGUCGCCUGUCACUCCGGGACUCAGGGUCAUUUUAUUCUCGACGAUAUCGCCCGUUGGACGAUCUUCGUUGACUUUAUGCAGAAGUCUCACUGAGAUGGUAUCGAAUCCACAGUUUUACUGAGCAGGGAGAGUCGGGGAGUUGUUUUGUUCCGGUUGAGGUCUCCGUUUCAUUUUCGGGCGUUUCCUCGGGUGAAGAAGGGAUGUGGGUAUUCCAUAACGUCAUUGGAGGAGGUGGGCAGGGAGUUUAGUUUCUAACACUAUUGGAAUUCAGUUUGAUAAGAUGUUGUAUGUACUUAAUGGCAGAACCUUUUGCAGGUCACGCGGAGAAUUGCCCGAAUGCAGUAGAGCAGAAGGCAACAGGGAAGAAGGAAAAUUGGAUGCAGGAGGUGGGGAAGCUGUGCAGCUGGAGUGUUUUGUACAAUAGGUUGUGCCAGCUCAGAGGCAGUUAGUGUUAAG